AUGUCCGCAGCACCAAGGAUUGGUCUCCUCGUUCCUCUUCACGCGAAGCCCGACCAAGUCGAGGCCGUGGCCAACUUCCUCGGCGUUGGGUACACCCUGAUGACGGGCAACCAGGAGCCCGAGACGCUGCAGUGGUUCGCGGUCAAAUACGAAGACCAGCCCGUUUACGCGAUCUUCGACACAUUCGCGGCUGAGAGCGGCCGCAAAGCCCAUAUCGACGGCAAGGUGGCUGACGCUCUCAGGGCGAACGCCAGUACCCUCCUCGCUCAGAGCCCCGACAUCGCUGGCGGCCACAUCGAGAUCCUGGCGAGCAAGGUGAAGCCCACUGGCGCGGAGAGCGACGUGAAGAGGGGGGUGACGAAGGGGCUGCGUGUUCUGCUGAAGGCGAAGGCGAGCAAGAUUGACGUUGUAAGGGAGUUCCUGAAGAGCGCGGUUCCUCUCGUCGAGGCAGAGGCAGAGACGCCGCUGUGGUACGCCAUCGAGUAUCCUGGCACGAACGUCUUCGGCAUUAUCGACUUCUUCCCCGAUAUCAACGGGCUGGAAUUGCAUCUGAAAGGAGAGGUGGCCAAGGCUCUGUUCUCGAAGGUAGACGAGCUGCUGGAGGGGCCGCCCGACGUCGUGAAGACAGAGGUCUUGGGUGUUACUUUUAUGCCAUGAAUACCGAGGGGAAGACGUCAAAAAGACACCAACGUCAAAAGUAUUAUGGUAUGGUGCCUCGCGCUCCGCCUGCCUCGUCCUCACUGAAGC